CUGGCAGAAUUUCGUAGUCCAAACGCUAUCGAGGAGUAUUCGUUACUAAUACUCAACUUUGCUGUAUGUGAUUUCUUCGACUGUCUUACUUCAUUGUUUGUUUGUCAGAGAAUAAUACCCCGUGGUACGUCACUUUUCUACCUCUCGGAAGAUCCAUGUCGUUAUUUUGGGGCAAGUACCUGCUAUCUACAGUAUAAUGCUCCACCUGUACACUCACACAUUGUACAGUACACUAUUUUCGUUCUUUUAUCGAUGCUAUGUGUUGAAUUAUCGUACACCUUCUAUGAAUAAGC